AAAUCCAAUUUACGAUGCAUCAUGUGGCUGGAUCAUCGUUGAGCCCAAGGCUGUGACACUUGUCAAGGGCAAUCUCGCAACAUAUUCCAAUCAAUCUCAAACCCCUCAUGGGUCAUGGUCACGACAAUCCUGCGCAAUACCUGUUCCCAGCAAGCCGCCAACCAGGGCCUGGUAGUGGUAUGGAGAUGUGACGGGCUGCCCCAUUUCAUGAUCCCAAGCUCAUGCAGGUCAAUAAAACUGUUGUAUCGUGCGUGGAUUAGAGCAUGCUACAUGCCGUCUGACACCGUUCCACCGUCAGUGCGCCUUCCUUCCGAUCCUCGAUCUCUUUGCCAGUUUUUACACUUUCCGAACGCCUGGUGGAUGAUCUUCCUCGAACACGAUGUCAUCGAAAACUCUGUUCGUCAAUCACGCCAUUUUCAUCAUCGUACGGAGAGAGAUUCAGUCAGCCUCAGUUGGCCCUACAGCUGCAGUCGUGAGAACGUAACCCCGCCUUCUGCACAGCCUCCCAGAACGAGGAUCAUUGCAUACUCUGGAAUGGUUCGAGAUAACCCCCGCAGAGAGGAAAGAUGACGGACCAACCGGAAUGGAAUGUCGCCGGCUGUCUUAUCUGGCACGGUGCGAGAAGGCUGGCCGCCAAACAGCUAGAAGGGGGAGGGGCUGUUUGUAUCAGCCUCGUCGCGUAGUGGCCUCCGGCCAAACCUUAUUCGGUGCAGAUGA